GACCGUUUAGAGAGUGUUUGGCCGUAGUUUCCGGUCUUUAAUGUGGACUAAAACGGGUCUAAAUGUGCUGAAAGUUCGGAGAAACUCGAGUCCAAGAGCAGGAAACCACGAUGAAGAAAGAGGACCUUUUCAACACUCUGGAGGAUUUAAAAGAAGAUGAAUUUGAGCUAUUCAAAUGGUAUCUGCAGCAGCAAGACAUCCUGGAAGGCUACCAAAGCAUCAAAGUGUCCAAGUUGGAGAACGCAGAAAGGCAGGACACGGUGGAUGUGAUGGUUAAAACCUAUCAUCUUCAUGGAGCUCUGAAGGUGACCAAGAAGGUUUUAGAGAAGAUCAACAGGAAUGAUCUGGUCCAGAGUCUGCCAGACACUAGCUCAGGACCAGAAGUGGAUGCCAGUGGUGUUGAAGACACUAAAGACGGGAUUGUUCCAGUGCCAAAGCCACCACGACACAUCUCAUAUUACCAACAAAAGCUUCAGCCAAACCUCCAGAAUGAGUUUUUGUGUGCACAAGAGGGGUGGGCACAGAAUAAAGAUGGGCGACCUCUGGAUGAUAUCUACACACCUCUGUACAUCAAAGAUACUGGUGACGUACACAUCAACACACAGCAUGAGGUCAGGCAGAUUGAGGUGGUGAAGCCAGCAGAUACAGAGACAACAAUUGCACCUUGUGACAUGUUCAAACACCCCUCUGUAAAAAACAGACCCAUAAGAACAGUGCUGACAAAUGGAAUCGCAGGAAUUGGAAAAACAUUUCUUGUGCACAAGUUUGUGUUGGACUGGGCUGAGGGAAGAGCCAAUCAAGAUGUGAAUCUCAUUUUCCCCUUCACCUUCCGGCUGAAUUUAAAGAAGGGGGAAAAGUGGUGUUUGGCAGAGCUCAUUCAUGAAUGUAUCUGGGAGACCAGAGACAUCAAGGAAGAAGCUCUUAAUCACAUCUUUACAGCUCUGCAGUCAUCAGGAAACACCAACUUUGACAGGAGUGAAUUCAAACUUCUGUUUGUUUUGGAUGGACUGGAUGAGAGCCACCUUGAUCUGGACUGCUCCACCAAUAAAAACCAGACAGUUAAAAUUGAUGUGACAGCGCCGACCUCAGUGGACGAGCUGCUCACGAACCUCAUCAAGAAGAAACUGCUUCCCUCUGCUCGCAUCUGGAUAACCACACGACCUGCAGCAGCCAAUCAGAUCCAUUCUGAUUUUGUAGACAUCAUGACAGAGGUCAGAGGGUUCACUGACCCACAGAAGGAGGAGUACUUUAGAAAGAGAUUCACAGAUCAGGAGCGGGCCAGCAGAAUCAUCUCCCACAUCAAGACAUCACGGAGCCUCCACAUCAUGUGCCACAUCCCAGUCUUCUGCUGGAUCACUGCUACAGUUCUGGAGGACAUGUUGAAGACCAGAGAGGAAGGAGAGCUGCCCAAGACCCUGACUGAGAUGUACGCAGAAUUCCUGAAGUUUCAGAUUCAUCAGACAAAAGAGAAGUAUGACCCAGGAGAAUGCAUUCAGUACAUUGAGUCAUUAGCAAAACUGGCUUACCGUCAGUUGGAAAAGGGCAACCUGAUCUUCUACAAGAAAGAUCUAGAAGAGAGUGUCAUUGACGUCAGUGGAGCCUCGGUGUGCUCAGGAGUGUUCACGGAGAUCUUCAAAGAGCAACGUGGGAGGAAGAAUGAUAAAAAAAAGAUCUUUAGCUUCAUCCAUCUGAGUGUUCAGGAGUUUAUGGCUGCUCUUCAUGUAGAGAGGGCAGUCAUUAACAGAAAGAAGAAUGUGAUGUUUGGGCAAAGUUUUCGUGAACAAGCGCAACUGGUUUUCAGCAAAAAAUCUAUGAUGGCUAACGUUCACAGGUUUGCUAUUGACAAGGCCUUACAGAGUCCAAACGGCCACCUGGACUUGUUCCUUCGCUUCCUCAUGGGUCUUUCCCUGCAGACCAAUCAGGAUCUCCUCAAAGACCUGCUGGCUCAGACAGGAAAUAGCUCACAGACCAAUCAGGAUACAGUCGAGUACAUCAAGAUGAAGAUCAGUGAGGAUCUGUCUCCAGAGAGAAGCAUCAAUCUGUUCCACUGCCUGAAUGAACUGAAUUGUUCUCUAGUGGAGGAGAUCCAACAGUAUCUGAGUUUAGGAAGUAUCUCCACAGAUAAACUGUCUCCUGCUCAGUGGUCAGCUCUGGUCUUCAUCUUACUGUCAUCAGGAAAUGAUCUGGACGUGUUUGACCUGAAGAAAUACUCUGCUUCAGAGGAGGCUCUUCUGAGGCUGCUGCCAGUGGUCAAAGCCUCCAAAAAAGCUCUGCUGAGUAGCUGUAACCUAUCAGAGAGAAGCUGUGAAGCGCUGUCCUCAGUUCUCAGCUCAGAGUCCUCUAGUCUGAGAGAGCUGGACAUGAGUAACAACAACCUAAAGGAUUCAGGAGGGAAACUGCUUUCUGCUGUACUCGAGAGCCCACACUGUAAACUGGAGACACUCAGGCUGAGCGACUGUGAUCUGUCAGAGAGAAGCUGUGAAGAUCUGUCCUCAGUUCUCAGAUCACAGUCCUCUAGUCUGAGAGAGCUGGACCUGAGUAACAACGACCUAAAGGAUUCAGGAGGGAAGCUCCUUUCUGCUGGACUUGGAAGUCCACACUGUAAACUGGAGACUCUCAGGCUGAGUGGGUGUAACCUGUCAGAGAGAAGCUGUGAAGAUCUGUCCUCAGUGCUCAGCUCCGAGUCCUCUAGUCUGAGAGAGGUGGACCUCAGUAACAAUGACCUGAAGGAUUCAGGAGGGAAGCUGCUUCCUACUGGAGUGAAGAGUCCACACUGUAAACUGGAGACUCUCAGGCUGAAUGGCUGUAACCUGUCAGAGAGAAGCUGUGAAGAUCUGUCCUCAUUUCUUAGCUCAGAGUCCUCUAGUCUGAGAGAGCUGGACCUGAGUAACAACGACCUGAAGGAUUUAGGAGUGAAGCAGCUCUCUGCUGGACUGGAGAGUCAACAUUGUAAACUGGAGACUCUCAGCACCUUCUUCAGCAGCAGCAUGCAGCUGUUUCCAUCCAACAAGCUCUGAUAAACCCACUGUACACUACCUGCCCAGCAGCCGACAGCAGACAGACAAAGUUAGACACUAGCUGGCUGAACUUCUCUGGUCUCAGCUCUGAACUUCAACCCCUCACAUCUGACAGUGUUGGACCUGAGCUACAAUCAUCCAGGAGACUCGG